CGCUCCCGCAAAGCAUUGUGGGUCCUGUGGUGUGAUUGACGCCAUGACUGAUUUAGCUAGCGGGACCAGAAAAUGGAUGCUUUCUGUCUCUACACAACUGUUUAUGUUUCAAGGAGGGUUAUAUUGGUCACACUUUUUAAAAAGACACUUGCAUCCCAACGCCGCUAUCGUCUUCACGAGCUAGGUUGUUAAUUUAAGAGGUUAAUCAUUUUUUCCUGCUGUUGUGGUAAGCUUGAAGCUAGUCCCUCGUGCUAUCCAGCUAGCCAAAGUAGGCUAGCCCGACGUUUUUUGUAUUUAUAUUCGUUUUAUAUCGAAGUUCUCUACCAACUAACAGAGAACGGUUACGGGGCUAAAGGUAUGGCCUGGAUGUGAUCGGAUGCGCUGGGGGAUGGAAGAGGGGACAGAUGCUGGCGAAAUGCGCUCCUUUGACCCAUGUUUUAGCUCUGAAGCAAAAAAGAGACAUAUUUCUUCUGAUGGAAGAGAAGAACCAAUGAGGAAGAUGCCUGUGUCAAAGUUUGGUUCCAGACCGCGAUUCGAGCCUGUGCAGUUUGUGAGCAGCAGCGGCAGCAGUGGUGGAGGUUUAGGGGCAGGAGGAGGAGUAAGAAAUGGCCCUGACGAGAAGGAGAACGAUAAGGAGCCCAGAAGGAGCAAUCUGUAUGCUGCUAGAGACAGGGAUUUUGAACAUGCGUCCUACAGCAGCGGCGGCAGGGCUCAAAGCUCCUCCCUCAGGCCUGCUUUUGAUAGAGUGCAUUCAUACACUUCUGACUCUUGGGGCUCCCAUAGAGAUCGAGACCGGGAGAGAAACUGUGAUGUUUCUUCAGGUGGUUCAGUCGGCUUAGGUUACAGAGGCCGCGGGUCCUCAAACUUCAUGGCGAAAAUGCAGCAGGACUACACAAACAAGUAUGAAGCCCAUAGCUCUCGAAAUUCAGAUUUGUACCCGCAGCCCCACAGGUACAAUGGAUACGGGGGAGGGAACAGAUCAGGUGGGUGGGACUCCGGACGUCAGGGUUUGGGGUAUGGCCACCAGGACCGCCAAUCAUCCAACCGGCCUCAAAACAGGACAUACAAUAGUCCAUCCACCUCCCAGCUGGGGGGUUCAUCACAGCCCCUCCCCAUAUCUCAGUGCACACUAGAUGAGAAGCAGCGGCUCAUCGCCAGUCUGGCGUCGGCUUUGUCCGGUGCUCUUUGGGACCCUCAGUACGCCACUGGAACAGACACUCCAAAUUACAGCUUCAUGUUGAGUCGCAGCAUCCAGGCGUGCAAGACAAACCCUCAGUACAUUUAUGUCAACCUGAGAGACAUCCCUCAGGCCGACCUACCCAAGAACCGCAAAGUGCCGGCGGACGGCUAUGCCUGCGAGCUGAGAUGUCAGGGCGUGUAUCUAGCCACUGGAUACUCCGGCAGUAAAAACGGAGCGAGGGACCGCGCCUCCGAGCAUGCCGUCAAACUCUUCAUGAAGCCGGUGGAGGUCUGUGUGGUGCCGCGCAAAUACAAACACACAAUGCUUAAUGACGUGGUUGUGUGCCAGACGCACUGCCCCACCCCGGUCUUGACACCUUCCCUCUGGAACCCAGAGAACAUUGGAUACCCCAGCUUUAAGGGCCCCUAUGAGCCCGACAUGAGGAAGCACUGGACGGAGUUUGUGGUUAUGGACAACGCCCAAGACGCCAUCUGCAUACUCAACAACUCUGCAGCCUUCAGUCACAUGAAAGUAGACUACAAGUUUGAGCCACUGCCCAAUGGCUCCUGGCUGUGCAGCGUUUACGUCCAAGAUGAAAUGGUAGCGCAGGCCACUGGCACCAAAAAGAACUCCAAGCAUGCUGCGGCAAGAGCGGCGCUAGAAAAGCUGCGCAUGAACCAGGCGUCACGACAACACCACCACCACCAGCACCAGCAGCAGCAUGAGCCGCAGGACGCAAGAGGAAAUUAUCAGUCAGACUCGGGUGGACACUUUGGACAGUUUGGACAACCUGGCAUGAAAAAGAAGCAUCUGAGCGAGGUGGUCAUCUUGGAAAACUCGGACAAUGCCGUUUGUAUCAUCAAUGACACGGCUCAGUUUAACAAAGUCUCAGCCGACUACAAGUUCAUCUACUUACCCGAUCACAGCUGGAGGUGUGAGGUCUACUUGGAAGGACAGUUUGUGGCAGCAGGCGUCGGAGCUAAGAAGCAGGUGAAGCACAUUGCAGCACAGGAGGCCUUGGCCACCUUGAGACAGACACAGGCUGUGGUCAAAUCCAACCUGAGAAAGGAGGGUCACAAUGACGCCAUAUCCCGCUCGCAGAUAAAGUGUCGUUCCAGUGAGGAGGCCUUGAGGCAGGAGAUUAAGGAAGACAACAUUGGGAACCAGCUGCUGCGCAAGAUGGGCUGGAAGGGAGGCGGCCUGGGCCGAGACGGAGAUGGCAUUGCAGAGCCCAUCCGAGUCAAGGAGCAGUUCUCCAGGGAGGGUUUGGGCAUGGACGCGGACAAAUGCAGCCACCUCAGCAAACGGGACAUUGAGGACAUUAUUCGCAAGUACGUCAGCUCAGACCGCCAGGACGACCUCCGCUUCUCCACUGACCUGACCAAUGAGGAACGCAAGCAGAUCCACCAGGUAUCUCAGAAGUAUGGCCUGAGGAGCAAGUCGUACGGACAGGGGAAGCAGCGCUUCCUAGUGGUCAGCCGCAGGGUGGACACAGACCAGCUCAUUGGCCAGCUUCUUCAGGAAGGACAGGUGGGGCGAUAUGAACUGGUCAAACCUCAGGCCUUGCACUGAUUUGCAUGAACCAAUCACACUCCAGGCAAACGUAUGUGAGAUAAAGCCAGUGCUUUGGACUCUUUCAGGUAAGGCUUGGAGGGGUCCUGCAUUUCUAUUCCAACAAAAUACCUUUUUUUCCCCGCCUUUGCUCAUAACCUUAACAUUUUUUGGACACACUUGUUUUCAGUACUAGAUCUUGACGAUGAUCGUAAGCCAGAAAUAAGACUGUUCACUGUGUGUUAACAUUUCAUGUUAGGUGAUUCGUGUAACCAAUGGAUUAUGGAACCAUUUACUGUAAUGGGAGUAAUGCAUCAGGCAAUACUCACAACUAUGGUAGCACUUUUUGUUCAUGGUAGGAGCGUUGCAUCAGCCAUUUUAUUUAAUGGCAGACAUUGCCAUCGGCGCUAUAGUCGUCUUCACAGCUGUCAGAACUGAAUAAAUCUGACAUCACCAGGCUUGGCUUCAAUAAAAUGUUAAGUGCAGUGAAAAGCAACAAGCGCAAC